GAGUUUCCAAAUGGGACAUCCGAAACAAAAUUUGGGAUUACAUGGAAGCCAAGAACCUGGCUGAUUUCCCAAGACCGGUCCACCAUCGGAUUCCUAAUUUCAAGGGAGCUUCUCUCGCCUGUGUAAGGAUUUCAGAUUUGGGGGAAUUCCGGAGUGCCAGGACAGUCAAAGCCAACCCUGAUUCUCCCCAGAAGGACAUCCGCUUUUUAAUUCUGGAAAUCAGCCGGGAGACUCUGCAGAAAAUCCCAGUCCUCAAGAUCCUUCACGACCGACAGAAGCUGGAAGGCAAAGAUGUCCUCCUCAAACAUGAACGGCCUGACACUUUGACCGCCGAGAAGACACUGAGAGUAGCCGGUGAGAACUUUCCAGGAGGCUGUAGGUCGCAGGCGGAGACCAGCUUGGCCCAACCAAGGCGAGAAGGAGAGGCUUUACUGGAUGAAAGAGGCCACCUCAGUGCUUCUGCUACUGUCUACGUGGGCAACAUCUCCUCUGGAACCAGGGUGAGUGACCUAAAGGAGGCCCUCAGAAUGCACCAUGUGACUCCAGCAAGGCUCUCCUGGCGAGGCGCGCAACGUCAAGCGUUCCUCAGCUACGGCGAUAGAUCCAAGGCUGAAGAGGCCAUGAUGGCCUUGAAAGGCUUAUCUCUCCAAGGCCGUUUGUUGAGGGUUGAAUGGGCCAGGAACCAGGGGGGGCAAAAAGGCUCCUGGGCCCCGUUGACGGAGAAGGACCUGCUGAAAGAGAGUUCAGCUUGACGGUAGAAUGGCAGCCAUCUGGGAUGCUGACCUUUUGCUGAGGUGGCCUACUGGAGAUGAGGAUGGGAUAACAUCUGGACGGUUCCGAUUAUUUAUCUGACCGCGAUUCUCUUGGCCUUUCGAUGUUUUCCACACACCGUUUGGGGGAGGAGGUGUGGUGAAGAAGCUGUAGAGCAGAUUAACGCAAUUGCCUUGUUAUCUUCUGGAUAGAGUUAAACCAACGGCCUUCAUAGGUGGUCACGUUUGCUGGAGAAGGACGUGAAGCAAAACGUCAAAAUUGGCCUAUGUCCUCACACGGACAUCACAAAGCAGCUCUGAUUCGUUGUGUCUUGUUAUCCAUGGUCCAUUGAAGGUGAGAAGAUACCAGACCUGGGAUUUGGCAUCAAGACUUGAAGAGGUUAACAUGCUCUAUUGGACUGCAGAAGGGAAGGUCCUCUUUGGCCUUUGGCUGGCCUCUACUUUCGGCCAAGGGUUUGUUCCUUUGCAUAGCACAACUCUGGAGUAAAGCCUAUCAUUUGUUGGGGUGGCAAUCUCCAUCUCAGAUCCUUGUUGUGUAACGUAUAGAAAGGCAAGUGUUACUGAGUUGAUCUUUAGCAAGCAAAGAGUUCUUGGUUUGCCAAAAUAUAUAUAUAUAUAUAUAUAUAUUGUAGCUCAGGGUUGAACUAUGGAGUCCUUGAUGCUCUCUGAGCUUGGUGUGAAUAUUUCAUGACCAACUAGAUGCCAUCUUCAAAAUAUUAACUAUAUUCUAUAGUUCUCCUCUUAUUCUUCCUCCUCCUCCUCCUCCUCCUCUUCUCCUCCUCUUCUUCUCUUCCUUUUCUACCACUU